AUGUCCCUAUCGACCACUAAUGGACAUCACGCUUUAGCCUCGUCUUCUUGUCACGCGACUACGUCUAGUAAUAAUUCAUUUGUGCCAGACACAAUCGUUGGGUCCUCGGGCUGCCAACCAAUCGACGAACUUUAUGAUGAUGAUGCAGAAGAGGACUUAGGAUCUAUGCAAUCGCAUGGCUCUGUGAUAUCUUAUUUGCUAUCACAGCUGCGUAUAGGCAUGGAUCUUACCCGGAUUACCUUGCCUACCUUUAUUCUGGAACGGCGUUCCGCUCUUGAAAUGUAUGCUGACUUUUUGACGCAUGCCGACCUUUGGACUAGCAUUCCUGAUGGGAUAUCUCCCCGCGACCGCAUGAUUGCCUGCCUUCGUUGGUACUUGUCAGCCUUCCACGCCGGCCGUCGGUCGGAAGUUGCUAAGAAGCCAUAUAACCCUAUCCUAGGUGAGAUCUUCCACUGCUACUGGACUCUCGAUGACACUCUCCUUGAUGGGCAGACACCUCAAACUUCAGAAACAAAUGCCGCAAACUCUAGUCCUGCAUCUAAUAUCUCCUGCUCUAAGACUUCCACGGGGCCAAAAUCGGUCACAGAUCCUUCUACGAAUAGCCAAAUGAAGCAAGACUAUUCUGAACUGAUGAAAUCGGGUCCCUCACCAAUGGCUCCCUUGAACUCAGUAGUUUUCAUAGCAGAACAGUUCGACCAGAAAUUCAACUAA